GUGAGAGGACCACAGUAGGUCUCCAGCAACGGUCCGAGCCACACAGACUCCUCGUUUGCACCUUCCUUCUUCAAGACGCCUGACAGAGUUCGUCCUGCUUUCUUUUAAUAAUCCUUCAUCGCCUACGACGAUCCUCGUGAAGAAACCAUGGCCGCCGCCCUCGAAAACAUCAUCGACGAUAUCUCCUUCGGCCUGCAGGAGUUCUCGCAGGACGUGAGAUCCUCCUUCGCAAGUGUCGAUCUCGGGGCGGUAGGAGUCGCCCUCCUCGUUCUCCUGGGCAUCAUCAUUGUCUACGACAUCUUAGCCUACAUUUCCCUCACCAGCAGUAACGGCAGGGCGCUCUCCCCGACGAUUCUAGCACUCGCUGGGCAGGCAUGGGAACACAGAAACGAUCUGGGAAUCAACCCCUCGAAAUACGUCAGUGGAAGGACCCUUGAAGCUAUUAACCCUGUGCUCUUCGCUAUUCAGUCUGCUAUUGAGAAGUACAAGCAAUGAAUGAAUCAAUUCUGACCAAUGACAAACCGCCAACGGCCCCUGACCAAUCAGCGACUACCCCGCUCCCUUCGUGAUGACCAAUCACGAGGCUUGACUGCUUGACUUAGUGGACCCAAUCACAUGGAAUCCUCCGGUCUGGCUUCUAAGGUCUAAUUCUUAACAAUUGCUUCGUUAGAUAUGACAAAAGGGUUUUCUUUAUAAGUUGUAGGAUUUUUAUGUUUACUGAAUAAUCCAUGUUUCCACUCAUUAUUCAUCGUAACUGUUAUAGUGCUAUGUCACUCAUGUUCAUCAGUUAACAGUUCAUGUAUCCAUCUCAUCUCAUUUGUAAAAAAAAAAAAUAAUAAAAAUAAAUAGAAGUCUCCAGGAAAAGUUGAAAACUCGGCUUCCCUCUUUUUCAACAGUUAGUCUGUUCUUGUACAUAUUGUUUAUUUCUUAGAAAGGGAACUCUAGUGUAUUUAAUUGAACAAUUGUUUUAUUUAUUGUUGUCUGUUAUGGAAUUGUAAAUAAAACCAAGCAAAUCAAA